AUGGUUCGCGACACAGCCGAGAAGAAGGGCUUCAAGGCCGCCAUGGGCAUGGAGGCCAUGAAGGGAAAGAUGGAAUCUGUGAAGCGCAGCAAGCGAAGCAAGUACACCCCCGCCUCGCAGCAUUCCCACGGCAACCCGAUUCACCGCCCUCUAAAGUUCCACGAGCGCAAGCUCCUCAAGAAACAUGACUUCAUGCAGUACCCGCAAGACAACUGGCACGAGCCGUUCUGCAUCACCAAGUAUCACCUCGAGGAUCGCGAAGACUACCGCCGCUAUAUGCGCCUCGUGGGCCUCAUUCGACAGCUCCAGACGCAGUUGCGCUACCUUCCGGCGGAGAGCAAGAUUCGGAUUCAGAUUACGCAGCAGCUGAUGGAGAAGCUGUACAACAUGGGGCUCAUUCAUGAAAAGCUAGGCCUUUCCGAAGUCGAUAAGGUUGGCGUAGAGGCGUUCUGCAAGCGCCGUCUGCCGACGAUUUUGCGCGACCUCAAGAUGGCGGGUAACUGCAAGCUAGGCGCCGAAAUUGUGCAUCACGGCCACGUCCGCGUCGGCACCACGCAGAUCCGCGAUCCCGCCUUUCUGGUGCCUCGCGGCUUAGAUGACUACGUGACGUGGAUGCCCGGUAGCAAGAUCCGACAGCACGUGGACACCUUCAAUGCGAUGCGCGAUGAUUACAACUACUGA